UGCGGGAGCUGCUCGCAGGGGAGAGGCACACCUCCCCCAGAAUGGCGGCGAGCGACAGCAGACAGCUCCAUCUGCUACAGGGGGUGCCCAGCUACCCGUCCCCGUGGCGGCUGCAGCUGGUGGUGGUGGGGCAGCUGCUGGGGGUCUUCCCGCUGCGGCGGCUGGGCGGCGUGGGGGCGCGCACCCCCAUCUGGCAAUUGAGUCGGCUCCUCCAGCUGUUCUCGGUGGUCGGCGUGUUCACCAGCUCCGUCUGCUUCUACAACUUCUUCGCCGUCGUCAAACUGCCCGGCCAAGGGCUGAAGGGCACCCUUCAGCGAUGGUCGCUGAUCUUUUACGCAGUGAGCGGCCUGCCCUGCGCGCUCGGCGCGCUGUGCUACGGGCGCCGCCUGGAGCGCUUCUCCAACAGCCUGCUCCUGCUCGCCAGGGAGCUGCGACCCGCGAACCAGCAAGUGUGGCCGCGCGGCUGGGCGCUGAGGUCGACAGCCCUGCCCGCCGCCAUCUACUUCAUCGACAUGUUCCGCGAGUUCCAGCACGUGAAAGGCCUCUCCUUCGAAUUGUACACGGUGUGCACCGUGCUGGCCUACACCUUGCCCAUGGCCACCGAGACCCAGUACAUGUUCAUGAGCUCCAUUCUGGCGCUCAGCUACCAGCGGCUCGGGGAGCACAUCUACGCGCUGCAGGGCCCUUCCCGGUCGCCAUCAGAGCACUGGCUGGACGAGGUGAGACGCAGUCACGAGCAGCUCGUGUCGCUCACGUGCGAGCUGCACUGCCUGCUCGGGCCGCAGAUCUUCGUGACCGUCUCCGCCUGCCUCCUCAGCCUCCUGACGGGCGUGUACUUCGCGGCCUCGGCGAUCCUCGAGGGCCUGGUGGACGCCGACGGCAGCGAGGGCGUCUCCAUGGCGAACCAGUCCGACAUCGUGUACUUCACGGCCCGCCUCAUCGCCAUCUGCGCCACUGCGGACACCGUCAAGGCCGCGGCCGCGGCGGUCGUGAACGGAAGCAUCCGCGUGGACUACGGGACGUGGCACACCAACAGCAAAGAGAGGUGGAAUAUGUUUCUUAGUCAACUAGAGACAGUGACGCCGUCCUUCUCAGUGGCCGGCAUAGCAAAGAUCGGCAUGGGGUUGCUGUCCGGGAUGAUUGCCACGACGCUCACGUACCUCCUAGUCCUGCUCCAAUUCGACACGGCCAGGAUCACAGCGGCGCGAGCCAGCGCAAACUCACGGUGAGACCUCGGGGGGGGGUCGUGACGGCGCCGAGCUAAUCGUCCGGGUA